AGGGCCAUUGUCACCGGCGGUAGCGGCGGCGGCGGCUGCAACACGGCAUGCCCAGCCGCGCGCUCAGGUGCCCAUGCCGUCACAGCCACACAAAGCACCAGCCGCAGCUCAGCAGCAGCAGCAGCAGCAAUCACAGCAACAUCUGGCAAUAGCGGAUGAGGAUGACGAUGACGGGUUUGACUGGGAGGACGUGGACAUGGAGGAGGGUGAUGCAGCAGCGCCGCCGCCACCGCUAUCGGCCGGUGGAACACCCGCCGCCGCCGCCGCCGCGCAGGCAGCCACGCUAGCAGUCGAUGGCGGGUUGCCGACUGCGGGCCCCCUCUCCCCGGCGGCACGUCUCAGAGCAGUCGUUGCCGGCAUGGGAGGAGGCAUGGCUGCAACAGCUGCUGUUGGUGGAGCUGCUGCUGGUGGCCCCGCUGCGACAGCAGCCCCGCUGGCCCCGCGGCGGGGACCCCUGGCAGCGGCGGUGGCAGCCGCAGAAGCCUCAGCGCCUUCCCUCUCGCCGGCCGCCAUCGUCCCGCAAGCCGCAGCCGCCACUGCUGCUAACACUACUGCUACCGCUGCAGAAGCAGAAGCGACGGCGGCGCCAGCGGAUACGGGUGCUGCGGCGGCGGCAAGCUCCCUGCCGGCCACCCGACGAGGCUCCUCCGCCAGUCUGAGCGAGGGAGACCUCAUCUGGGAGGCAGCGGCGGGGGCAGCGGUGGCGGGAGCAGGGGGAAACGGAAGCAGCAUGGACGUGGACGUGAAUGUGGAGGUACAGCUGGAGCAGGGGGGAGGCGGCGGAGGCGGCGCAGGACCGCCGUACUCCUCCAGUGCAGACGCGACAGCGGAGGCGGGGCAGGCUAAUGCCGGCGGGCGGUCGCUGUUAGCGCUGCCGCGCCUGGUGACCCGUGGGUCGGUGGCGCCUGGGUCGGAGGCUGCUGGGGGGCAGCUUGUUGGAGGGUUGCAGCAGGCGCCAACUGCUGCUAGCGGCCGGCAGCGGGGGAUUGCAGAAGCGGCGUCAGGCGACGUUGGCGGCAUCAGCAUGAGCAGCCCUGGAAGCGGUGGCGGUAGCGGGUUGCUGUCACUGAUCAACAGCGCCAGUCGACGACUGCUGGAUGGGCUAUUGCCGUCGUCGUUGCAGGUUUCGGAGCCGCCGGCUGGGGUGACGGAGGGGCUGAGAGGCCGACGGGAGGGAGGCGGCGGAGUUGGGGAAGGGGAAGGGAGGGCUGUGGGUGCGGCUGCAGAGCGAAGAGUGGAGGGCGAGGAGGAAGGUGGGGGAGCUGGAGGAAGUACGGAGCUGGAGUUUGACUUUGACUUUCUGGAAGAGGAAGAGGAAGAGGAGGCGGAGGAGGAGGCGGUUGCUGGAGAGGCAAAGGCGGCAGCAGCUAGGGAAGAGGACACGGCUGCCCCCGGGGAGGAGGUGGCGGCAGGGGAGCUAGACAACGUGGACUUUGGGUUCAUUGGGGAAGAGGAGGAGGAGGAGGAUGAUGGGAUUGAAUGGGAGGAUGCGGAGGCGGGCAAGGAAGAGACAGAGGAAGAGGUUGGAGCGCCUCCUGCCUCGCUUCCUGCAAGGGAAGCCCCAGCCGCAGGCACAACUACGACGCCUGCGGUGGCGGUGGCGGUGACAGGGACUCGGGCACUGGCGUCGGCUCAACAGCAGCAGCACCACCACCACCACCACCAGCUCAAAGAGCAGCAUGUGACGCAAGCACCGCAGCAGGAGCGCAUGCCACCUCCAGCAGUCCCCUUCUUCCAGCCUCCUCCACCUCCUGCUCCUCUGCCUCCUCCCAGCCAGCAAGCCCAUUACCCUCAUGUGCCGCCGCUGGCAGCAGCAGCGUCCGCAGCAGCCCGGGUGGCUGGAAGGGGCGCGGGCGGGGAGGAGGAUGAGGACGCGGGGGAGGAGGCGGCGGACGAUGCCGACUGGUUCGAUGAGGACCCCGAUUACGUGCCCGCACGCGAUCGCCAUGCCUUCGCGCCGACCACCGCAAGCAGGAACAACAACAACGCAGCAGCAGCCUCCUCUAGCGUCGCAGUGCCACCGCCGCCGCCAGCGCUGGCAGGUACGGCAGCCUCCCAGAGCCUGCCGUACUGCCCGCCUCCCAACAGUGGGGGGUACCCAUCAAGAACGGAUGCCGGAUGGACCCCAGGUGGGGAUAUGCCGACCGCGGCACGGACCGCGGAGGCUGCUUCUGCGGUGACGGCGGCGGCAGCGGCAGCGUCGGGCUGGCCACAUCCUCCGCCGCCACCGCCGACUGGUGGCUCAGCGGGGGCAGCUGGUGUCCCAGCUGGGGCUUACGGCGGUGAUGCGGCGGCUGCUGCUGCAGGCACGGCUGCCUCGCUGGACGAGCUGCUGGAGGAGGUGGAGGCGGAGGAGGCACAGCUGAGGAGCGCUCAGGCUCGCGCCAGUCGCAAUUUGGAGGCCCCCACCAGCGAGAUGUACGCGGAGUGUCAGGAGCUGCUGCAGAUGUUCGGACUGCCCUUCAUUGUGGCGCCCAUGGAGGCUGAGGCCCAGUGCGCCUACCUGGAGAUAGCCGGGCUGGUGGACGGGGUGGUGACGGACGACAACGACGUCUUCCUCUUCGGCGGGAGACACGUGUACCGACACAUAUUCGAGAACAAAAAGUACGUUGAGGAGUAUCUGAUGGCGGAUGUGGAGCGCGAGUUGGGGCUCAGCCGGGAGCGGCUGGUGGAGAUGGCGCUGCUGCUGGGAAGCGACUACACGGAGGGCUGUGCGGGUAUCGGUAUCGUUAACGCGCUGGAGGUGGUGCAGGCGUUCCCCGGGCGGGGGGGGCUGACGCGGUUCAGGCAGUGGGUGGAGGCGCCGGAUGCCGGCAUAGUGGCAGCGGCUCGGCAGCUGGCGGGGGAGGAGGCGGGGGAGGGUGACGCCCUGCCUGACGACAGCCCCGCCCAGCGCGCCUUCAAGCGGCAGCACCGCGGUGUGCGCCGCAACUGGCAGCUGCCGCCCUCCUUCCCCUCAGCCCCCGUGCUGGAGGCCUACCUGCAGCCCCGAUUGGACCCAAACAAGGCGAGGUUCAGCUUCGGACGGCCCGACCUGGGGCUGCUGCGGCAGUUCUGCAGCGACAAGUUCGGCUGGGCUCCCUCCAAGGCUGACGAGCUGCUGCUGCCGGUGCUACGAGAGUACGACAACCGCCAAACACAACUGCGCAUGGAGCAGUUCCUGUCCUUCAGCACGCGCUUCGCCAAGAUCCGGUCCAAGCGCCUUCAGGGCGCCGUGGCGCGGAUCACGGGGCAGGACCCCGCGGAGGAGCUGGUGUUGGGUGCUCCCGUGCAGCUCACUCCCGGCCGCCGCGGCAGGGGGACGGCGAGGGGAGGAGGUGCCGCUGCUGCUACCGACGGCGCCACUGCCGACGGG